GACCAGAAGACCAAUUGAAGAGAAAUCAUCAUCUCCUCCAUCCCCUGCACCCAUCAUCUACUACUCUUCCCAUAUAUACCUAUCUAACUCCAACUAACAGAUUACGUGCUUCCCUCUUCUAGGUUUAGGGUUUCUUUUUUACACAGAGAUGAUCGGACCAGAGAGGCCUCAGAUCGUAUUGUUUGGAUCAUCAAUUGUUCAGCUUAGUUUCAGCAAUGAUGGUUGGGGCGCCACUCUCGCCGACGUCUACGCUCGUAAGGCGGAUAUAGUAUUGCGAGGGUACUAUGGCUGGAAUUCCCGACGUGCUAUCAAGGUUCUUGAUCAAGUUUUUCCGAAGGAUUCUGCUAAUCAGCCUUCGCUGGUCAUUGUUUAUUUUGGCGGUAACGAUUCAAUGGGGCCUCACUCAUCAGGUCUUGGUCCCCAUGUCCCUCUUCCUGAAUAUGUCGAGAACAUGAGAAAAAUUGCAACUCAUCUCCAGGGCCUUUCAGACACAACUCGUAUAAUUUUUCUCAGUACCCCACCGGUGGAUGAGGUUAGAGUUCGUGAAAACACAAGCUCGAUUUUUAGUGAACUUGUUCGAACAAAUGAGUUAUGUCGAAUGUAUUCAGAAGCUUGCAUAGAGUUGUGCAAUGAGAUGGGAGUGAAAGUUAUUGAUCUUUGGACUGCAUUUCAGAAACGAGAUGAUUGGAUGACUGCAUGUUUUACGGAUGGGGUGCAUUUAUCAGGUGAGGGUAGCAAGAUAGUUGUUGAAGAGAUACUAAAAGUGCUGAAAGACGCAGAAUGGAAGCCGAGCCUACACUGGAAAUCCAUGCCCACGGAGUUUUCAGAAGACUCGCCCUACGAUUUAGUCUAUACAGAUGGAAAAACGACGCUUAACCCGUCCGAUUGGACCUUCCACAGAGAGAUUAAAUGGGAUUAGUUAAACACAAUGUUUUCAAUUGCAACUCUGCAAGAUUGUUCCUCUUGUUAUGCUUGCUUCUAUUAUUACCACAUUCCAAUACAUCGAUCUAUCUACAAGCACUACCAUUUCCAAUCACAUUAUAUGUUUACAAACUUUACAUGCA